AUGAACAUCUGGAUGGUCCCGGUCCCACCGGGGCCGGGGCAGCCGCCAUCCAUCACCCCUGAGGGGCCGGAGCUGCAGAGUCGAGCGGUUUCCCGCUACUGGGAAUGGCAGGGCGAUGCCCGGGAGCGCCGGUUCCAGGCUCAGCCGGGCCGGGUCGUGUCCCCACCCGCCGCAGUCCCGGUGUCGGUGACGUGUCCCGAGCUGCGGCCACCGUUCGCACACAGCACCGGCCAAGGUUCGGCCCGGGACAGAGCCCCGACGGGCAGAGUCCCGGGGCUGCCACGGCCGUACCCGGUGCGGGAGCCGCGGGCUGCCUCGGGGAGACUGGCGGAGCCCCGCGUGGUCCGGUGCCGGAGCCGGGGCCCGGUGGCCGCGCGGUCCCGGCCGGUGCCCCGUCCCCAGCCCGCGGGGCCGCGGGUGCCCCCCCCUCUGCCGGCAGCGACUUUUCCAGUAAAACCGCCGCAGAGAUCCCGGCUUCCCGACAGGCCCGGCCUCCGCGCCGGGGGGGCGCCGGACGCCCUUAACCCUUCCCGGCCCGGCCGGCCCCGCGCUGCCCGCCCGACGGGCGACUGCGGGCCCGGGACCCGGGGCGGUUGCGCCCGCCCGGCCCGGCCCGGCGGCUCGGGGGACCUGCGGGGGACUCUGCCCGCCGAGUCCGGGGCGGCGAUGGCUCCGCUCCCGAGAAACAGGGGCCCGGUGGUCCUGGGGGUCUCGGAGGCUCCAGUGCCGAGGCAGCCUGACCCGCGGCACCGGGAGCCGGUGCGAGAGACCCGACCCCUGCUCCGGGGGGCCUUUCGGCCUCAGCCCCGGCGGGGUCCAGCUGUACCGGGAAGGGCCCUCUUAGCCCCCCGUGACCCCAAACAGAGGGUUUCCCUUCUCAGGGUGCAACUGAACAGGGUCUGGACCCCUCCACAGGGCAGAGGGACCAACCCAAGGGCCAAAGAGCUGGAGAAGCGCUGGGAAAAAAGCCCCUCUGUGCUGUACCCCAGCGCGGGCUGGGGGUGGGCGCUGUGGGGAUGGGGCGGCCGAGGGGUCCCUGGGAGAGCCCAGGUGCUGGGGCAGCUCUGGGGGCACUCUGGGAGAGUGCUGGUGGCAAUGACGGCUCAGGGCUAG